ACUCUGCUCAUGAAGAAAUCGUUUGACCAGGGCGCUGAUGUUUGGUUUGAGAGCGGUGCUUUUAUUGGUGCUCAGACAAACUUCUCCAUUAUGGUCGAAGGAGUGGUUGGAACAUCCUACACAAGUGACCUGGCAAUAGACGAUGUUGGGUUCAGACACUGUGGCGAGAACGAGCUCCCAGUUUGUAACUUUGCGGAGUUUACUUGCGGUAAUGGUCGGUGCAUCCCACAAGAUCUAUUGUGUGACUUGGUGGACCACUGCUGGGACGGCAGUGACGAGAACGACUGUGAUAACCACCCUGUUAACAUUGGUUGCUACACUGAAGUACCUGAUAACCCUGUAUUCCCUGAAAAGUUAGGAGAUUUCUCUCAAGCUCAUAACGCGACCACUGCUUGUGCUCAGUUGGCUCUUGCUAAGGGUUACAAGGCAUUUGCCCUGCAAAGUGGUGGAUUGUGCUACUCGGGACCCAACUGUGACAAGGACUACUCUAAGUACGGACUCUCCUACAGUUGUGUUAAUGGACUUGGUGGUUUCAGAGCCAAUGAUGUCUACAUGUUUGGACAAGAUGGAUCCUGCAACUUUGAGCACGGAACCUGUAAGUGGAGCAGCACUACAACCCUCCAGUGGACCCGACAUCAUGGUCCCAGCAACCCUCCCUUUACUGGACCACCCACUGAUCACACUCAGGGAACACCAGCAGGGAACUACAUGCUUCUGAAUGCCACAGCAGGCACCCCCGGUGACAUCGGGACCCUUGUCUCACACCAGAUAGAAAACACUGGUCCUCUCUGCGCUAUUAGCUUCUGGUACAACAUGAAGGGUAGCGGUGUCGGUAAACUUCAGGUGUACGUGACGGACUCAGCCGGACAAGUUGAGCUCUGGUCUCAGGUCGGUUCAAGUGGGGACGGCUGGAGAUACGCAGGUUUCUUCGUCGGAGAGAAGAUGCAAGCUAACAUCACCUUCAUGGGUAUUCUUGGCAGAAACAAAUACGGAGAUAUUGCCCUUGAUGACAUCCAUUUCUCUAGAUGCGGGGCGGAACACAGUAACCUGUACUUCGUGGGGGAUCUUGGUGAGGACUGUGACACAGUUUGUGAGAACAACCAGCUGCUCUGCACUGGUAAAGUUGCUACUGAUAACAAGCUGGAUCUGUUCACUGAGCUGGGUAUCACUUGUACUCCUAACACCAGACCUUAUCAAUACGAUGACGAACCUUGUUACCACGACGACCCUCGGUCGCCUAACUACGGAGAAUGUAUCGGAUUUAUCAAUGUGCCUGACAGUGUGCCAUGCUCUGGAAGUUAUUCUUCUUCUAGACGUCUCUGUGGCUGCAAACUCAGUGACGGUUGUCAAGGUGCUGACUCGGAGCGCGUCGACUGUUUCCCCGGUAACUCGGGAGUUUCCCAAGACCAGUGUCUCCGGGCUGAUUGUUGCUAUGACGAGACUCUCACUGCAUCCGGAAUCCACUGCUUCAAGAGGAAUCUUACUGAAGUUUGCCCUGUUGGUGAGAGAGCGUGUAAGAGCGGACAGUGCAUCCCAGAAGGAUUGUUCUGUAACUAUGAAGCUGGUGACUGUUUCGACGACACUGACGAAGACGGUUGUGAGCAAGCCUUCGGGGACUGUAACUUUGAGGGAGAUUUGUGUGGGUGGAGCGAUCAUAAGCGGGACCAGUUUGACUGGACCCGGCACAGAGGUUCCACUGGUACUAGCAGCACCGGUCCUAAAUACGAUCAUACAAGAGGAUCACCCAAAGGUUACUACAUGUAUAUAGAGGCUUCCCUACCUCGUAUCUCCGGUGAUAAAGCUAUCCUGAAAUCUCCCGCCAUGUCCGCUGAAGGACAGUGUACUCUGAACUUCUGGUACACCAUGUACGGGAACACUAUCGGUGAUCUCAACGUUCAUCUGAUAAACGAAACUGGGCAGUUCGUGAUCUGGUCAAAGAGUGGUAAUCAAGGCGCGGACUGGAUCUCAGCAUCCUAUCAACUACCGACAAUGUCAAAGUUCCAAAUCAUGUUCGAAGGAGUGAGAGGAUACAGUGUAGGGGCAGAUAUAGCAAUAGACGACGUCUCAUUCUCCGGCUGCACUCUCGCUAGUCUAUGUCCUGAGGACGCUUUCACUUGUGGAGGUUUAGAGUGUAUUCACAAAGACGAACAGUGCGACUUUAUCAACCAGUGCUCUGACGGAGAGGAUGAAGCUUAUUGUGGCUCUUGUGACUUCGAGAACGGAAUCUGUGGUCUGAUCCAGAGUGUGUACGACGACUUCGACUUCACACGUCAGACAGGACAAACAGCGAGUAAAGGAACAGGACCUAGCACUGACCACACUACAGGAUCUGCAGACGGACACUACAUCUACAUAGAGUCCUCCUACCCCCAGCAGGCUGGAGACAAGGCUGAGAUCAUGACUCCCGUUUACAGGGGCUCUGCUCCUAAGUGUAGGAUGACAUUUGCUUAUCACAUGUACGGGAAUACUAUCGGAACACUGGAGGUGAGAGUGCUCUCUACUGCUACCGGUGAAAGCAAGACAGUUUGGCAGCACUCUGGUACUAGCGGAGACGCUUGGUUUGAGACAGCUGUUGCUAUUGGAGCUCAAAACAUGUUCCAGGUGGUCUUCUCGGCUACCGUCCGCAACAAUGCUGGAGAUAUCGCUAUUGAUGACAUCUCAUUCAUUGACUGCAGUCCUGGAAACUUCUAUGGCCCGGUUGAUUGUUCGUUUGAGAGUGAUUUCUGCAACUACCUCAACCAACAGCACGAGGACAACUUUGACUGGACGAGGAUUCAGGGUACCACCCCUAGUUGGGACACAGGACCAGGAUUUGAUCACACCUAUAACGACACCUUCGGUCACUUCGCCUACAUCGAGACGUCCUAUCCUAGGAUUCCAGACGAUAAGGCUAUCUUGACCAGUCCUUGGAUUAAGACUGAGAAUCCUGCAACUGGUAUCUACGCUGGAUACAACUGUUCGUUCAGUUUCUGGUACCACAUGUACGGAGCUGAUGUAGAAAGUCUUGAGGUCAUCAUGAAGACUGCUGCUGGUAACACGACGAUAGUGAUGGAGAAAGGAGAUCAAGGAGACGCCUGGAAAGAGGGCUCAGCUGUUAUUAACGAACACGACGCAGCUCGGUUCAUGUUUGUGGGUACUAGUGGGAAAAGUUUCUCCGGAGACAUUGCCAUCGACGACAUCUCUGUAAAGACCUGUCUCAUAACUCCGCUCUGUAACGACAAGGAUUUCAUGUGCCUCACUACUCCUAAGUGUAUCACCCCUUACAAAGUGUGCAACUUCUACGAUGACUGCGGUGACAGUACAGACGAGAACAGCUGUGGAGACUGUGACUUUGAGAGGGACUAUUGUGGUUGGACCUCCCCUGAGAACUACAGGCUCUGGGCCCGGUUCAGAGGAUCUACUUUUACUAACGGUACCGGCCCUGAUACUGACCACACUACUGGCAAAGCUAACGGUUUCUACAUGCUAUUCGAAGCCCAUCUGGGUGUUCGACAAGGAGAGCAAGGAUUACUAACAAGUCCAGUAUUCAUGGAGAGUAGUGCUACCUGCAAGAUAGACUUCUACUACCACAUGAAGGGAAAGAAUAUGGGAAUUCUAGAGCUUUUCAUUGUCGAUGAAAACGAUGUGAAGACCUCUUUGUGGAAGAAGGAUACGGAACAAGGCAGUGACUGGAUGUACGACACUGCUCAGAUCGGACACAAACGGAACUUCUACAUCGAGUUCGUAGCGACCAAGGGUUUGGGAAGUCAGGGUGAUAUAGCUCUGGACGACAUUAAGUUCUCCAACUGUGCCAUGGGACCAAGCGCCAACCUGACCAUCAAGGACAUGGCUGUUAACAAAACAGUCGGUGUGGAUACAGAUGUGAUUCUGGACUUCACUUACGAUGGUGCUCCACUAGCUUAUGUUACCUGGACUAAAGAUGGAGAUGCUCUGCCAACUUCUCCUAGAUUCUCAGUCGGCAUGGACGGGUCUCUGUCUAUCAUGGCAACUGCAGCGGAAGACUCGGGAGUAUACACGGUGAAGAUCAGUAAUGGUUUCAGUGAAGCUACAGGACAAACACAGUUAUUUAUUGCUGUUGGAUCCUGUGACUUUGAGACCAAUCUCUGUGGUUUGAAACUCAGCUACAAGCCUUCCUUUUACUUUGAACGAACCAAGGACAGUGGACUCACUGAUCAUACUACAAGUGGAAAGGGUUACAUCCUAGCUCUGCAAGCCAACAACCCCGGACCUGUCAUCUCAGCGACCAUAACCUCGCCACUCUACCGGGUGAAGUAUGCCAGCUACUAUGAUACCUGCAAGAUGCAGUUCUAUUACCAUCUCAACGGCACUGCUGGUCCCAUCAAGGUCAGAGUCAGGGACAUGGCUUCUGCUGUCCCGAAAUGGAAAACUAUCUGGUCAAAGAUCCCACAAGGUAACGGAUGGAAAGGAAUAGCUCUUUCCUCAGAACUCGGAUACAGAAACACUCUGAUGUUCCAGAUACAGGCCAACUCUAAGAAGGGCUUCAACUCUGUGAUCGGAGUAGACGAUCUGCAACUCACUGGCUGCCAAGUUACACCGUACUGUCUGAAGGACGAGUUCACCUGUCCGACCGGGUCUUGUCUUAACAAGGAUCAGGUCUGUGACUUUACCAAACAGUGCGGAAAUGGAGAAGACGAGGCCCAAUGCGGAGCGGGUAGUUUUGACGAUGAUAUGAACGGUUGGCUGCCUGACAUGGAGUCAGCAGUAGGAAUCUGGGACCGAACAACUGGUCAGGACGGCUUCACUGACCACACCACCGGAAAAGGAGGUUCCUACAUAGAGGUGGAGACAAUCAAGCUGAAGCGGCGCGACUUCGCCUCCCUUGUCUCUCCUAACUUCGCCUCCUCCGACAAUGGCUGCAAGAUGUCCCUGUACUAUGCUAUCUGGGGCACGAAUACUGUGGGUAACAUCACCCUCCAUCUGAAGACAACUAAUGGGGACAUCUUGCUGUGGAAUGUUGCUGGGAACGGAAACUCGAAGAAGCAGUGGACAAAGGCAGAGAUCCUUAUCGGAGCAAGAGUUAACUUCAGGUUGGAGCUACGAGGAGAGUCUGGAGGGCCAGUCCUUGGCUUCCUUGCUGUUGAUGACAUAUCUUACGUUGGCUGUGACCACGGACCACCACAGCAAGCUGUUAUAACGGUUAACCCAAUGCCGAAGACAGUUUUACUUGGAGAUGAUGUCACUUUUGCUUGCAAAGCCACUGGUGUGCCAACACCUAACAUCAUUUGGCAAAAAGACGGGGUUGACAUCGCCAUUGGUGGACAUUACUCACUAUCACAUGAUUUCGUUCUGACUGUCACCAACGUGGAGAAGGAUACUGCUGGUAACUACAGAUGCCUCGCUAAAAACCCUCAGAGUGUUGCUAAGUCUAAGAUCGCCAAACUCACUGUCAAUAAUCCCCCGGGAAGCUGCGACUUCGAGGACGGACUGUGCGACCUCAGAGACGUUGAGAGGGAUGAUGACUUCAACUGGAUCCGACAGAAGGGUCACACUCCAUCCAUUCACACCGGACCCGUCGCUGAUCAUACCCUCAAAACUCAAGAAGGUCACUACAUGUACAUAGAGUCGUCAGCCCCCCGGUCCCAGGGCGAGAUAGCAAUCCUGCAAACCAGCUGGAUGGUGCUGAACGAGGACAAGUGUAACAUCAGCUUCUGGUACCACAUGGUCGGGGACCACGUGGGCAAUCUCGAGCUGACCAAGCGAACGUACGUGUACGACAACAUAAGAAAAGAAUCGCUAUGGAAACUGUCAGGUAGUCAGGGUGAUGUGUGGAUCCAGGCGAAUAAACACGUGGGAGCCUCUCCCAUAGUGCAGUUCCAGUUUAUUGGAGAAAUUGGCCAGGGCUAUCAAGGAGACAUUGCUAUCGACGAUAUGGUGUUCCUCAACUGUCAAGGUAUCGAUAUUGCAGAUUACAAUCUUGGUUACGAUUUAUCGGAAAAGUUGUGUCGCACGGACCAGUUCUCAUGUGCAGUGCCCCAGUGCACCUACUACACCCACGUGUGCGACUUUAGGGACGACUGUAUGGACGGCAGUGACGAGCAUAUCUGUGGCGAGUGUGACUUUGAGGAUUCAAUCUGUGGUUGGGUACAGGAUAAGAAGGAUAACUUUGAGUGGACGAGGUGGCGAGGAAUUACACCCAGUAUGUUCACUGGUCCUGAUCACGAUCAUACAACGGGAGACUCUACUGGACACUACUUCUACAUAGAAUCAUCUGAUCCAAGAGUAGAAGGUGACGUGGCUAACAUCUACUCCAACACUUACCGUCACUCUUCGCACACCUGCAAACUACAGCUCUGGUAUAGCAUGAACGGCGCUAACAUGGGCAGCCUCGAUGUUUACCUCGUCACUGAUGCUUCUGAUGAUACAAAGAGAGUGGAAAACUUGAAGUGGCACAAAAAUGGAGAUGCUGGAACUGACUGGCAACAAGCCACUGUGGAUAUCGGAGAGCACAAAGACUUCCAGAUCAAAAUCAGCGCUACUGUUGGAAAAGAUCACCAGUCGGAUAUUGCUAUUGAUGACAUCCACUUUGCUAACUGCACUGUUGUUUACAACUACACGAACCCUGGAGAAUGCUCAUUCGAAGACGGACUGUGUGGGUACCACAACAGUCCUGAGGACGACCACUUUGAGUGGGACCGACAGAACGGUACAACUGCCAGCAUAUCUACCGGCCCAGCUAACGACCACACUCUUAACAACAACUUAGGAUAUUACAUGUUCAUCGAGGCUUCCAUUCCAAGAGUCCAAGGUGACACGGCGAUAUUCUCAUCUCCAUGGCUGAUAACAAAAGACUGGUACGACUACAACUGUAACCUGACCUUCUGGUACCACAUGAAGGGGGCCCACAUAGGACAGCUGGAUGUAAAGGAGACCAGUACUGGGUACUGGAACCAGGGUGACCGGGUCAUCUGGACUCGCAACAGCAGCGUGGAUAACACGUGGUCGUUUGCUACAGCCACCAUCUGGGACAUCUACACUCCUGGUAAAUUCCACUUUGUGGGUGUCCGCGGUGACAAUUACCAGGGAGACAUUGCUAUUGACGACAUUGCUUUUAACGAGUGUCCUAGUGUGGAGGCCCUGUGUACGGAGGAGGAGUUUGGGUGUGACAAGACACCUCAGUGUGUCCACUCUGAACAGAAAUGUGAUUUCAUGGUGGACUGUUCUGACUCCUCUGAUGAGAGCUACUGUGGUAGUUGCACGUUUGAGGGUAGUCUCUGUGGACUCUGGAACUCUCCUGAUGAUCAUUUCGAUUGGACCAGAUACAGAGGCCAGACACCGUCUGUUAACACUGGACCCGGCACUGACCACACUUACGGAAACUCUACUGGACACUACAUGUAUAUCGAGGUGACAGGACAAGCUCUGGGUGACAUGGCUGUCCUCAACACCCCUGUCUUCAGGAAAUCAUCACGUGAUUGCUCCUUCGAGUUCUGGUACCACAUGAGAGGGACCGCUAUCGGCCAGUUGGAACUAAACAUGACCUCUACAUUCAAUGGCACGAACACAACGCAACUCCUCAUGCUCGACAAAGCAACUCCUGAUACUUGGCAAAAAGCAUCUGUGAAAGUUGGCUACCAAGAGCAGUUCUGGCUCAGUUUUGUUGGAAUUGUUGGAAACAACUUCCAGGGAGAUAUCGCUUUAGAUGAUCUCAAGUUCCUUAACUGCAGAGUCGAUAUUGGCGACGAUCCAGCCUCCUGUGACUUUGAGACAAGCAAGUGCGGCUAUGUGGACUCUACUGACAACACCAGUUUCACCUGGACUCGGCACCAAGGACCAACUUACUCCUUCAACACUGGACCAAGUGUGGACCACACCACUGGAACUGACAAGGGGUACUACAUGUACAUAGAGACCUCUGACCCCCGAGUGGAGGGCGACAAAGCAGAGCUGAUGAGCACGUGGUUUAACGUGACGGGAGCGGAUUGUACUGUGAGGUUCUAUACUCACAUGACCGGGCAGGGAAUUGGGGAACUGAAUGUCUACACUACAACUGAGGACGGAACUAAGACUAAACAACUCGGUCUUACUGACCCCACAAGCACGGACACAUGGAAAGCCCAGACAGUGAAACUAGGCGCUAUAUCCGGCAAGUUCAGACUUUCCUUCGAGGGAGUCAGGGGAGCAAGUUACGACGGAGAUGUGGCUAUAGAUGAUAUACACUUUGAGAAGUGUGGGUCUGUCACUCCGUACUGCUCCUCCGAUCAGUUCACCUGCAACACACCUGAGUGUAUCCCUCUUAAAUACCAGUGUAACUUCUACGACGAUUGCAAAGAUAAAUCUGAUGAGUUACUGUGUGGAACGUGUGACUUUGAGUCAGGUAUCUGUGGCUGGAGAGAGGACGAGGCUGCUCACUUCGAGUGGGUCCGACACCAGGGCUCUACUCUUUCUUGGGAAACUGGACCCAUCUCCGAUCAUACCACCGGCAACGCUGGCGGACACUACAUCUACGUAGAAGCGUCAACACAAGGAAAAGGAGACCACGCUCGACUCAUGUCCCCAGAGUUCCCCAGUUCAGGACCCCAGUGCCAGAUGCAGUUCUGGUAUCACAUGUACGGUGCAGAUGUUGGAACUUUCAGGGUCCUCCUCAACAACAAGACUCUGCUGUGGAACCUUACUGGCGAUCAAGGAAACCAGUGGACACUAGGAAAAGUAGAUGUUGGUCUUCAAGGAGACUUCUUCCUCGUUAUGGAAGCGGAAAUGAAGGAAGGAUUCCAGGGUGACAUUGCUAUAGAUGAUAUCUCUUUCGUGAACUGUGACAUCGGGGCGGACGGAGAAUACAACGGACCGUCUGACAUAACAUUCGAGGACAUGUACAGAGUGUUCUCACAUCUGUCCCAGUACGAGCACCAAGAUGACACCUACUGGGUGAUAGGACAAGGGAAGUGGGACUGGUACAGCAACAAACCUCAAGCUGAUCACACUUACAAGAACACAUCAGGACACUUCUACGAAGUUCUGCACACACCACUACCUAACGAUUACUACCACGAACCUGAACCAAGUACUCUAUACCUACCCUGGAUGAAGACACUCAGCAGACACUGCUCCAUGAGAUUCUACUACUUCUUAAACGGCUGGAACUCUGGCGACCUCGAGAUCGGUACCCUAGACAGUCUAAGCGCGGAUGCUGUGUACACGAUGAAGAUCAGUGGAGCACAGGGCAGUUCGUGGCAAGAAGGCGAGAUCCACAUCGGGGAACGAGGACUGUUCAGACCAGUUUUCAUGGCGACCACUGGUACCGGAUCCUCUGCUUACAGCAGUAUUGCUGUCGAUGAUAUCUCCUUCCUAACCUGUCCGGUUGAGCUGCUGUGCAGUGAGCGAGAGGCAGACUGGAACUGUGGGGUCCCCCAGUGUAUCAACAGGAAGCGAGUCUGUGACUUCAGACAGGAUUGUACUGAUCAGUCUGACGAGGCUAACUGUGGAGACUGUGACUUCCAGCAUGGCAUAUGCGGGUGGUCGAAUGAGCCAGAUUCUGACAAGGAUGAUUUUGAUUGGACACGACAUGCUGGAUCAACAUACUCAACCGGAACUGGACCUUCUGCUGAUCAUACUUACGGCAAUAGCUCAGGUGGAUAUCUAUACAUGGAAGCCUCCAACCCCCAGCCAGGAUCAAAGACCGUCCUGAACAGUCCCUACUUCCACAGCUCUGGUCCCGAAUGUACCUUCAGAUUCUGGUAUCACAUGUACGGAGCCAAUGUUGACAAGAUCGAGCUGGCCAUCACUCAUGACACUGAGAGAGUCUGGAGAAGUCCUUAUGAUACUCUCUGGAGUAUGCAAGGAGAUCAUAAUGACACGUGGAUGAUGGGAGAAGUCAAGAUAGGAGCCAGAAAAGAGUUCCGACUCCACUUCAUCGGCUACGUAGGAGUAAGCUAUGACGGGGAUAUCGCUAUUGAUGACCUUGAGUUCCUGAACUGUGCUGGUUCUGGUCUGAUCGGCGAUCUGGACUGUGACUUUGAGUUCGGUAACUGCGGAUACGCUCAGCCGUUCUACACAGAGAAGCUGGAUUGGAUGUGGAUGCAGGGGGCUAACAGUGGGUACACUGCUCCGGAUACUGACCAUAGCACUGAGUCAACACUGGGACACUACAUGUACCUGGAGUCUGGUAACAACAGUGCUGCUACCACUGCUCUCCUAGAGGGACCCUGGAUCACUACUCAAGCUCCUGACUGUACUCUUAUCUUCUACUAUCACAUGAACGGCCAGAAUAUCGGAGGCCUGAACGUGAAAGUUCGUGAGAUUGGAACAAACACCACAAAGACAUUAUGGACGGUGAAUGGUAGUGCUAACGCUACUGCUAGCAGCUGGGCUAAAGCUCUUGUUAAUGUCGGAGAACGCAGUCUCUUUAGAGUUGAGAUCGAAGGAGUAGCAAAUGCUGGUUACUUAGGUGAUGUUGCUAUUGACGACAUCGAAUGGAAUCCGCGUUGCCAAGCAAAGAAACUCUGUGAUGACGAUCAGUACAGCUGCAGAGAUCCCAAGUGUAUACCUUCUUUCUUGGAAUGUAACUUCUACGAUGACUGUGCCUCGGGUUCAGACGAACAUCACUGUGGUCAUUGUGACUUUGGUAACACUGGUUUCGGUAUGUGUGGCUGGGUUAAUGUACCCCAGGAGCACAUGAAGUGGUACUUAGAGGACGAAUACUACAUGCAGGUUACAACUAUAAACUGGUACUAUGGAACUGGGGACGCUAUUUUGGAGUCUCCUCUGCUUCACUACUCUAACUCAACCUGUCAGAUGAAGUUCAAGUACCAAGUCUAUCAGGGCACCAUCACCGCCAACAUGCUACUAGAAAACGGUACAACAGUUCUUCUUUCCAAAGUAUACUCUACCUACGAUCUAGACUGGCACAUGGUCACUGUAGAUAUCGGAGCUCAUGAUGCUUUCAAGAUACAAUUCAUCGGAACUCCUACCUAUCUUUACUGGGGAAUGACUGCUAUUGAUGAUAUAGCCUUCAUGAACUGUGAUAUAGGCAAGUCUAUUUUUAGACCAGAGGCACCAGUGAAGAUCACCACCUACCCUACGGAUGCUAACGUGCCACCCUAUGUUGAUGUUAUGUUCAACUGCACCGCUACCGGCAAUCCACCUCCUAAAAUUACCUGGACACAAAACGGACGUAGUCUACCUGAUGAUCCGAGGUUCAAGGUAUCAGACCAAGGAUUGUUGAUACAGAAUGCUGAUGUAACUGACAAUGCUGUGUACAAGUGCGAGGCUAGCAGUCAAGUCAGUCACGAGUCUGCCAGCGCUACUCUAUACGUAGAUGCAAGCAGCUGUGACUUUGAAGCUGGAACCUGCAACUGGUUGGACUGGGUCGGUAACGACGAUUUCAACUGGACUAUUGGCGCUGGGCCAACUGCUUCGGGCAGCACAGGACCUCCUAACGAUCAUACCUACGGAACAGGAGCUGGUCACUACAUCUACACUGAAACCAGCCCGCCGGUAGUUAAGGGUCACCAGGCCAUCAUUGAGAGUAUGUGGUACAAUCCUAUUGGCAGAAUGAUGUAUACCAAGUUUACUUUCUGGUAUCACAUGUACGGUGCUACCACCGGUUCUCUCGAGUUGGUGAUGGUAGAUCAGAAUACCAAGACAACAAGUCUGUGGAAAGUUAACGGUAACCAAGGUGACCAAUGGCAGCAAGGUUCAGUCGACGUCAUGGCGUCUGCUUUCAAGCUGCAGUUUAUAAGUGUUGCUGGCAACGGUCGUCUAGGUGAUAUGGCUCUGGACGACUUCCAGUUCUUACCAAAAGUUAUGCCAUCCUGCCGACACAGCGAGUUUACCUGUGAAAACAACGGAAACUGCAUAAAACCCACCAAAGUGUGCGAUUUCCACAGUGACUGUCCUCUCAAAUCUGACGAAGUCAGAUGCGGAACAUGUGACUUUGAGCGAUGGGUGACCUGUGGUUGGAACCAGGUGGAAGGUGAUGACUUUGACUGGAUCAGACAGAGAGGAAACACCGCCUCUUAUGGAACUGGACCCGGUGUUGAUGCUACCUCCGGAAGUGACCUAGGUCACUACAUGUAUGUGGAAGCAUCGUACCCGCGAGUGAAGGGAGAUGUUACCAAGCUGAGAAGUCCUACUUUCCCAAUGUCUGGAUACAACUGUCAGAUGCAGAUAGCUUAUCAUAUGAGAGGGUAUCACAUUGGUACUCUGGCUGUCGAGGUUCUAGCUGACGGUGGCAGAGAGGUAAUGUUCCAGAGAGUGGGAGAGCAGCCUGACGGUUGGCAGCGAGCCAACAUUACCAUCGGAGGUCUUACAAACUUCAACAUCACAAUCUGGGGAAUAGUGGGUGAUGGAUACGCUGGCGAUAUUGCUAUUGACGAUCUAGCUCUGAUGAACUGUGAACCUCCUUACUGGGAAUAUGUACAGAUCACUCAACCACCGGCCGACACCUCACUAGAAGAAGGAGAGAGACUGGUCCUACCCUGUAGCUUCAGAGGAAUACCCCCUCCUACAGUCACCUGGACUAAAGAUGGUGGUGCUGUACCAGACAACGCUCAGGUGAAACUGAAUGGUACCCUUAUUAUCGAGGACGCCAGCACGUAUGACUCCGGUCUUUAUGAGUGUACCCUACAUAACACCUACUACACACAAGCAGCCUCAGCCACUGUCUCUGUCAAGGGUUCCGUGGGUAAUUGCAACUUUGAGGAUGGUCUGUGUAACUUUAGGGAUGGUAUGGACGAGGUUGACUUCUUCUGGUCACGAAACACAGGGUCUACAGGCUCUUGGGGAACUGGACCUGUCACAGAUCACACCAUCGGAACUGACCAAGGUUACUACAUGUUCAUUGAGACCUCCUCUCCACGAACAACUGGAGACGUUGCGAUCUUGGAGAGCACCUGGUUGAACAACGUGGCCGAGUCUUGCACCCUCAGGUUCUGGUACCAUAUGUACGGUCAACACAUUGACACUCUACAAGUGUACUCUUUAGAUCAACUUGGAAUCAAAAGAGACCUCGCUUCUCUGAAAGGAGAACAGGGCAACGAGUGGAAGAUGGAAGAGGUGAAAGUCUACGGCAGAGGAUACCGACGUUUCUACUUCAAGGGCGUAGCUGGUGAAAGUUAUGCCGGCGACAUCGCUAUCGACGACAUCAGUUUCAGACGCUGUGAGCUGGAGAAACUGUGCUCAGACGACGACUUUACGUGCGACCUACCACAGUGUAUCGAGAUGGACAAAGUGUGUGACUUCCAGGACACGUGUAUUGACGGGGCAGAUGAGAAAGUGUGUGGAACAUGUGACUUUGAGAGAGGGGGAUGUGGAUGGGUUAAUGAUGAGAGUGCUGACUUCUUCUGGACGUACGCUCAAGGUAGCACCUGGUACUGGGAGAACAAGCCCUCUACUGAUCACACCUUCAGCAACAGCUCAGGCCACUUCCUGUACAUCGAGAGAGCGUACCCCCAAAGACAAGGACAGAAAGCUCGAGUAAUGACCCAGUUCAAGGCAUCCGGCUACAGCUGUGCUAUGAGCUUCUGGUAUAUUACCGAAGGAGUUGGCACUGGAAACCUGACUGUUUGGAUCAACUCUACCACUUACAACAUGAGGAAGGUUUACGAGAACACAACGCCAAGCAAGGACAACACGUGGCAGAAACAAGCUAUCCCUAUUGGAGCUCAAGACGAAGUGACAGUUUUAAUCGAAGUAACGGUUGGUUCAGGAUACGGCGGUCACGUGGCUGUGGACGACAUUGUGUUCCAUAACUGCGCGGAAGUGGAGAGAAUCCCGGGCACGUGCACAUUCGAGCACGGUUCAUGUGGCUACAAGGAGUACAUAUUCAAUGAUGAAUACAACUGGAUACUAAACCAGGGACCUACCCCAUCAUAUUAUACUGGACCUGCUGCUGAUCACACUUACGGUAACGCAACAGGACACUACUACUACGCUGAAGCGUCCGCCCCUCGCAAGAUGGGUGAUCAAGCCACACUGAACAGCCCCUGGUUCCAGACCCAGGAAAGUCAGUGUAUCUUCACCUUCUUCUACCACAUGCAGAAAACAGACACUGAUGUGGCCACUAAACUGGUUAUUAAACAGCAGUAUGACAGUAUGGAGAUCAAGACUGUGGCUACCAUAGACGCGUCAACCACUGAGGAGUGGGAACACGGAUCUGCUACGUUUACAAAUGGAAUAUUCAAAGUUCUGUUCGAGGCCAACAGAGGUGUAUCCUACUUUGGCGACAUCUCUAUUGACGAUAUCAGCUUCGCAUGUGAUGUGACUCCUUUGUGUACCGAUCAACAGUACGCUUGUAAUAUCGCUCAGUGCAUCCCCAAAUACAGACAGUGUGAUUUCUACCCGGAUUGUGGAGAUGCCUCAGACGAGUGGAUGUGUGGAGCAUGUGACUUUGAGUCGUACCACGUGUGUGGUUGGGAACAGGAUAGGACUGACGACUUCGACUGGACCAGGCACCAGGGCCCCAUUACUGCUGGCUACGUUGGUCCAACUGCUGACCACACAUUUGGAAACAGUUCUGGUCACUAUUUCUACACGGAAGUAAGUGGCAUUGCAAGUGGAUCUAAAGCAAGGAUCAUGAGUCCCACCUACGCUCAGACAAGUCGGGUCUGUAAACUACAGUUCUACUACUGGAUGGAGGGAAGCGGUAUCGGUGACCUGAAUGCGUACACGAUGGUUGGAGGACAGCAGAAUCCAAUCUUCAAGGAAUCAGGAGACCAUGGGUCAGGAUGGCAGUUUGCCAACCUUACUCUCGGUUCACUCAAAGACUUUAGCAUCACUAUCGAGGUAGUCCACACAACUGGCAGCUUCUUAGGAGACAUAGCUAUAGACGAUAUCCAGUUCGUGGAUUGUACCCCGGGAGCGGAGAACAGUCCUGCCUCCUGUGAUUUUGAGGGUGGAAUAUGUUCUCUUCAACACGUGACUGCUAAUGUAGACUUUAAUUGGGAGAGAAACAAGGGAGGAACUGGUUCCUGGAACACUGGACCUAAAUUGGAUCAUACUACUAACUCGGCUGAUGGUUAUUACAUCUACACUGAGGCUUCUUAUCCUAGACGAGAGGGUGAUGUAGCUGCAAUCCAGACAACUUGGCUCAACUCUCCAGGACCUUGUACUCUGAACUUCUGGUACCAUAUGGAGGGGGAGGACAUCGGCUCUCUGGAUGUCGAUGUUAUCGACACUGCGGGAAAAGCAGACUCGCUGUUCUCACAAAGUACGGCUAAAGGAACAGACGAAUGGCAUCUGGCCAGCCAUUUCAUUGGUAAGCUAGAGAACCAGAGGAUUAAGUAUACUGGAACUAGAGGAAAGAACUAUGAGGGUGAUAUCGCUUUGGACGACAUCAACAUCGUUGGAUGUGAUGUAAACGCUCUCUGUAGUGGAAAAGAGUUCUCUUGUGGAGUACCGGAGUGUGUCGAUGCUAACCAAGAGUGCAACUUCAGAACGGAGUGCUCUGAUGGCUAUGACGAGAAAUUCUGUGGAACGUGCAACUUUGAGGACAAUAUAUGUGGCUGGAUCCCAGACGAUUCGUUCGGCCUCACCUGGAACAGACAAGCGGGCACCAACUACACCUACGGUUUCGGACCUGACCACACCUAUGGUAAAACUAAGCCUGGCUAUUUCAUGGCCAUGGAAAUGUGGAAGGGAGAUGAUCUGGAAGCUAGAAUGGUUACCAAAAAGUUCCUGAAGUCUGGAGUUAGCUGCACACUUGAUUUCUAUUGGUGGAUGGCGUUUAGUAGUGGAGGACGUCUCGCUGUGGAGGUUGAAGAGGACGGAAAACCACCUGUGGAACUAUGGAGCGUUGACGGAGACCACGGUACCGUAUGGAAUCACGGAGUAGUAAAAAUCGGAGCUCUGACUAACUUCAAAGUAGCGUUCAAGGGAGUGAAGAACUACCAGUGGAAUUGGAAAUACACCGGACUGGAUGACAUCAGCUUUAUCAACUGUCAGGCCCCUCAAGAUCUGGGACCAGGAGAGUGUCACUUUGAGUCCGGAAUGUGCGGUUACAAGGACGAACAAGUCUUUGAUGACUUUGAUUGGGUCCGACACAAAGGUUCGACCUGGUCAUGGGGAACUGGACCCAGCAUGGACCACACAAUCGGCACAACUGACGGUUACUUUAUCUACUUGGAGUCAUCCUACCCCAGGAUCGAGGGAGACAUCGCCAGGAUACACUCUCCUUGGCUGGUUACCUCUGGAAGUGACUGUAGUCUCAAGUUCUGGUUCCACAUGUAUGGUGUACAUAUCGGCAAUCUAAAUGUGUUCAUUGAGGACUCAGCUCACCAACGAGAACUAAUUUACACGACCAACACAAACGUGACCGCUGACUGGCAGUCAACAGUUAUCAGGAUAGGAUCCAGACCCAUCAUGAGGGUCACCUUCGAGGGAGUCAGAGGCAAGGACUACCAAGGUGACAUCGCUCUCGAUGAUAUCAGCUUUGAGACCUGCCAAGUACAAGCUCUCUGUAAGGCGGAUCAGUUCUCGUGUGAGUCUGCUCAGUGUAUCGAUGCCAGCAAGCAGUGCGACUUUGUCAGUGACUGUGUUGACGGAUCGGACGAGACGAACUGUGCUGAGUGCGACUUUGACAAUGGUCAGUGCGGAUGGACAAACGUUAAGACAGACGACUACGACUGGGACAGAGUUGAAGGAUCUGCAGGUUCUGCGGGAACCGGACCUAACUUCGAUCAUACCUCUGGAAAGGGGCUCUACAUGCUGCUGGAGACAUCAGGACGAUAUGUUCACGACCGAGCAGCUCUGGUGUCCAACAUCUACCAGGCAUCCUCGGAUCAGUGUACUCUGACCUUCUGGUACCACAUGAGGGGCAUCUCACUGGGAAGUCUUGAUGUGGUCAUCAACGAUACGGUAUCCAUAUCCUCUGUUUGGUACAAGGAAGGACCUAGAAGCUAUGAAAAUGCUUGGCAGUUUGCCAGUGUUAAGAUUGGGGCCAGAACUAAGUUCCAGAUUCAGUUCAUCGGUGAAAGAGGCAGGAGUUUCCAGGGUGACAUUGGCAUUGACGAUGUGAAACUUGUCGGCUGCCAAAUAAGCAAAGGAGGCGAAUGCGACUUUGAGAGCGGAUUCUGCAUGUACCAGGACUCCGGAGACGAACAGUCACCUUGGGUCAUAUACGAUGGGCAUAACAACUAUCCUGGGGUUAUCCAGAAAGAUCAUACUUUUGGAACUGCUGACGGUCACUUCUUAUUCCACGAGAACUGGGGACCCUCUCAAGCUAACGAGACCUCUGUCAUCCUGGGACCCUGGAUGAAGUCGGACACCACAAAUUGUGUGUUGCAGUUCUGGUACUAUCUCAAAGACGCUGAUAUCAUGGUCUACUACCACGACUCAGAUGCUACUGAAGUACAAUUGAUGACAAGUGGAGCUAACACCACCGACUGGACCAAACAGUCCCUCCCCCUCAAGAACCACAACAUCUGGAGAACUAAGAUAGUGGGGAAACUGUCUGACGAGUGGUUCGGUGGUAUAGGGGUGGAUGAUAUUGAUGUCACUGGAUGCUCUGCUGAGCCGCUCUGCUCCCCGGAUGAGUUCGAGUGUGGAGUCCCUCAAUGUAUUCCUAAAGGAGAGGUCUGCAACAUGAGAAAGGAUUGUGCUGAUGGCUCCGAUGAGGCAAUGUGCGUGUCAUGUGACUUUGAGAAUAACGAGUGUGGAUGGAGGAUAAUACCUGGGGACUAUGACUGGGUCAGAGUCCACCCUGGAGACUACUCCUGGAACCAACCUCCUAACGAUACCACCUUCAAGAACAGCUCCGGUCACUACCUAAUAGUUACUGGCAACUGGGGAGGAGAGAACAAGGCUUCAGAAAUAGUCUCACCUCACAUGCCAGCUGUUAACUCUGGAUGUAAGGUCAAGUUCAACUACCAGAUGACUGGAUAUGAUACUGGGUCUCUCUACGUCUACCUUUCUACACAUGGUAUUAAGGGCAGAUAUUUCUCAAUCAGCGGUGAUCAGAACGCAACAUGGCACGCAGCAGAAGUGAACAUCCCAGAGGGCUACUCCUGGAUCAUGAGCAUAGUGACCACCUUCAGCACCUCCUACUCCGGCUACGUGGCAGUGGAUGAUAUCGUGAUGGAGGGUUGCACCAGCAAACCCACCACACCCCCUAACGUGUUGUCCCCACCCCCACCUAUAGUUGGUAACUACAGAGAUAACGCGUAUACUUACUGCUUCGUGGUUGGCAACCCUCAACCUAAGAUCACCUGGCUACAGAAGAACAUGCUCAUUCACAAGGAUAGCACUAGGCACUACAACUUCACUUUCACCGACGCUCUGAGUUACCUGAUGAUAAACGACCUUCAGCCCCACGACGAGGGACAGUACUCCUGCUUUGCUAGCAAUGGCAUUGAGGCGGUCACUGCUGACACUUCAGUAACUGUUAAUGUCGGAGGAUGUGACUUUGAGAGUGAUACUCUAUGUGGCUGGAUACAGUCAACAGAACACGACACCUUCAACUGGACCCGAGUGAAAGGAGGCACCCCCUCCUGGAACACGGGACCUAUAGGGGACCACACUACAGGCAGUGGUUACUACGUCUACAUAGAGAGCUCCUAUCCCAGGAUACCUGGAGACACGGCAGUUCUGGAGAGUCCCUGGAUGAAGGUCACCAAUAAUGUGGAUUGUCACGUGAAGUUCUGGUAUCACAUGUUCGGAGUGCACACCGGAACACUAAGACUAUGGUAUCAGAUAGGGUAUCAGGACUGGAAACAAGCGUGGAACCUCACUGGCGAACAGGACACGAGUUGGAACAGCACAGUCGUUAUGAUUCCUUACUCCUACAUGCUAUCUUACUACGGUUUCAGGUUGAGACUUGAAGGAGAGCGCGGAACUGAGUACAUGGGUGAUAUUGCUCUCGAUGAUAUCUCCAUUGAAGGAUGUAAAACGACAACAUUCUGCCAUACCGAGGACUAUGCCUGUCCGUCAGCCAACAGACCGUACUGUGUUACAACGGACUGGGUGUGUGACUUUAUAACCGACUGUCCAGAUCGAGCUGACGAGAAUAGAUGUGGAUCCUGUGACUUUGAGACUCAGCAAAUGUGUGGCUGGUUGCAAGAUUCAAAUGACGAUGGAGAUUGGAUUAGGAAUAACUUGGGGACAGCUUCUUUUAACACAGGACCUAAAUCAGAUCACACAACUCAUGCGGACGAUCUUAAUAUCAACUGUAUAGACGGCAAAGGGUUCAACUACAACGGAACACUAGCCAAGACAACAGCCGGAACUGGCUGUUUGAAAUGGGACAGUUACCCUUGGUGGGGAGUCACAGGACACAACUACUGCAGGAACCCUGAUAACGACACGAUGCCAUGGUGUUUCACCCAGAACGGCUGGGGAUUCUGCGACGUACCGUCCUGCGGUAAGCUUCCCAUCAGUUCCCCAGUGAUCAAUAAUCGCACGGAAUUCUCAGGGAUAAGACCCAUACCUGUUAAUGAGUUGGAUUUGGUCAUCGUCGGAUUGGUUUUAUCGAUGUAUUUAAGGCUCCAAUUUUACCCCUAUGAACAGUGUAUGAAGGGUGAUGGUUCGUCCUACAUGGGAACCGUGGCUAAAACUGCCUCUGGUAAAGAUUGUAUGGCUUGGAACGAACAAUCUUACAACUAUGCUGAUAAACGAGUUGGGACCCACAAUUACUGCAGGAACCCGUACGGUAACAAGAAACAAGAUGGUCCGUGGUGCUAUGUGGCUGACUCCACUAUCAAGUGGGAGUACUGCUCUAUUCCUGAGUGCGGACAUUACGUAUAUCUGGAAUCUAGCUGGCUGAGACCUGGCGAUCGAAUAUUGAUGAAAACGCCCGAGCUUCUGACUUCUGGUCCAGACUGUAAAUUCGAGUUCUGGUAUCACAUGAACGGAGACAGCAUUGGUCAAUUAUUCGUGACAGUAAACUCGACCCGAGGAAACUGGGAACAAGAGAUCGUGAACCCGUAUAUUUCCGACUGGCACAAGAUGAGUAUCCCUCUAGGUGCCCAAGCAGACUUCACUGUGGGUCUGGUGGGUGUCCGAGGUGCUAGUUACACGGGAGAUAUAGCUAUUGAUGACACCAAGUUCGUGGACUGUGCCCCAUCCGGGUAUCCCACUCCUCCGAAAAUACUGACCGCGUCUGGUGACUUGGUGCUGACUGGGGAUGAUCAUGAGUUUAUGCUGGAUUGUCUGAUGAGCGGUAACCUUGCUCCAACUAUCACCUGGUUCCACAAAGGAGAGCCGAUAGCGUUCGAUAGCCGAAGGAUGAUGCUUCUGAACGGUUCACUGUGGAUUAACCACAUUGGUUCUUACGACAGUGGAACUUACAUGUGUCACGGUAUCAACCAAGUCUCUUCUGUCAAUGCCUCCAUGACUGUGACAGUUCCAGCCUCUCAAGAUUCCUGUGACUUUGAAACAGACGCGUGCAUCUGGCGAGACAGCGUGAAGGACACGGACUUCUUCUGGGUGUGGCAACAAGGCUGUACUCCCAGUUAUUCUACAGGGCCGUGUGAAGACCAUACUACCGGCACUGAGGAGGGUCACUUCAUGUAUGUGGAAGCUAGCUGGCCUCGAACUGAGGGAGAUGUAGCGGAACUGCAGAGCGAGUGGCUAUCUACUACCAAUCCGAAGUGCGAGGUUUCCUUCUUCUACCACUCCUUUGGAGACAACGUUGGAAAGCUAGAAUUCCAGAUCAUGGGACAGCAGUUCAACAGAUUUGCCGAUAAGAUCCUAGACGGACACAGUAACGACGCCUGGAUAGUUGGAUCUGUAGAUGUUGGUGUGGUCAAUACUGCGAGAGUGGUUUUCAGAGGAACCAUAGGCUCAGCUUACGACGGUGAUAUUGCCAUAGACGAUGUAGCUUUCCACAACUGCGGACUGAAAUACCUGUGUAACACAACAACUGAGACAUCUUGUGAAACAGAGCCAAAAUGUAUCAACAAGACCAACAUUUGCGAUUUCCAACCUCAAUGUAAAGACGGCACUGACGAAGUAAACUGCGGAACAUGCGAUUUCGAGGGACCCAGCACCUGUGGCUGGAGCACCAACCACGCAGGAGUCUGGAAGAAGAUGGCAGGUGCUCAGGACUACUACGGUCCUGGUUACGACCACUCUCUUGGCACUGGAGAGGGCCACUACAUGAUAGCAGAGUCGAACUGGUGGCACUACGGAGAAGACCACGAGGUAGAAGAGAUAAGCACCCCCGUGUUCGCUACUACCGGCAAGAGAUGCCGACUCAGGAUGUACUACGCUGCUGACCUGGGGGUUAACGGAACCAUGACAGUCACUGUCAAGAACGAUGCUGGCUCCUUUACUGCCUUGUCUAAGACAGGUAACGCUACCGGAAACUGGACCUUUGUCACAGCUCGACUGCUGGAGGGAACCAACGUCCAAGUAACUAUCGGUCUGUCCAUCGCUGCAGCCAAUACCUUUGAGCAAUAUUGGCUGGCAGUAGACGAUGUCAGGUUUACUGACUGUGAUCCGGGACAUCUGAACGGGCCGGGAGAGUGUGACUUUGAGCUGGAUACUUGUGAUUACAGCAACCUGGAGGCUAGAGACGACUUUGAUUGGACUAGACACCAGGGACCAACACCAAGUUACAACACUGGUCCUAAAACUGACCAUACUACACUCACUGACAAGGGAUGGUACUACUAUAUAGAGAGUUCCUACCCAAGACAGCCAGGAGACACAGCUGUAGCUCAGAGCAGGUGGAUGACAUACGGCAACACUCAGUCUGAUUCCAGUCAGUGUACUCUUGAGUUCUGGUACCAUAUGAUGGGCGACCAUGUUGGCAGUCUCAACGUUUUCAAAUACACAUCGAAAGGCUACACUCUGCUGAGGAACCUUACUCAGGCCCAGGCAGAUGAUUGGGUCGAGGGCAGGAUACCUCUCUCCAACGAUGGGGCCUUUAAACUUGAGUUUGAGGGAAUCCGUGGAUCAGAGUACGAGGGCGACAUCGCACUUGACGACAUCGAGCUGGACGACUGCGCAGUAACUAACCUGUGUGCUAAAGAAGACCACGACUGUACCGGACCUACUUGUGUCCCUGAAGACAGGGUGUGUGACCUAUAUGAUGACUGUGGAGACAACUGGUGGUGGCUGGACACUGACGAGAGACGCUGUGCUACCUGCAACUUCGAGGAGGGCCAGUGUGGCUGGAAGAACCAGAAGGUUAAGGACGAUUUCGAUUGGGUUAGGUAUUCUGGUGGCACUAUGUCGUGGGGAACUGGACCCAAAGAAGACCAUACCUUCGCUGGAAGCAAGGGCUGCGGCAAGAUCCUUCACUUCGGUGGGAAAUGUAUUCACCCUCUGUGGGGUAACCCUAACUCUAAGGAGGGGACACCUAUUGUCACUUACAAGGGCUGCACUGAGGACAGAUUACAGUUCUGUUGGACUAACGAGGGUGAUCUGAAACAUCUCACCUCCGGUCUCUGUAUCCAGCCCCGAUCAGCCAACCCAGACGAUCCCGCUUCUAACACAAUCCUAGAACUGAAUAGCAACUGCGGUUCUUCCUUCACAAAGUGGAGCUUCACAGCUGGCGGCAGUAUCAAGCAAGUUAGCAGUGGGCUCUGCUGGCAUCCUCUCAACGGAAGUCCCGAUCCAAGGAACAAUAACAUGGUCGUGGUGUACCAAGGCUGUGAUCAGGAUAGACUCCAGUUCACUUGGGCCGGCAAACCUGGCAACUACUACUACAUCGAAGCAUCCUCACCUCGGAAACCCGGAGACAAAGCCACGAUCACAUCACCGAUUAUACCACAAUCGGGAAGCAGAUGUGAGCUGGAGUUCUGGUACCACAUGGGCGGAGCUGGUAUUGGCAUGUUGCUGGUGAACUUAGACUACUCUUACUACACGGAGAACCUGUUGAGUCUUACUGGGGACCAGGGUGAUGUAUGGAAGAAAGCAACGAUCCCUCUCGGAUACAAGGAGAACUUCCACUUUAGCAUCAUCGGAACGAUUGGAAGCUCGUACGAGGGUGACAUUGCAAUUGAUGACAUUAAAAUGGUCAACUGUAAACCAUCGGAGAGUGCCAACCCUGGAGAAUGCACGUUCGACGACGGAAUGUGUGGUUUCCAGGACGACAGGAACUUUGAUGACUUUGACUGGAUCAGAAAGAACAAAGGAACUCCAAGCGUCUAUACUGGACCUAAACAAGAUCACACCCGGGGCAAUUGGACCGGAUACUACAUCUAUCUCGAGACCUCUUGGCCCCAAGUUGAGGGAGACCGAGCAGUGAUCCGAGGACCCUGGAUGAAGCAUGAAGGCUGGUUCUACUGUACUCUCAACUUCUACUAUCACAUGAUGGGAGCUACUGUUGGUACUCUGAAUGUCUACGUUGAGACCCCUGAUGACAACGAUCUCGGACAAAUGGUGUGGCACAGAAACACAUCUGAAACUCUAGAAUGGGACAAGGCCACAGUGUGGCUAGGAGGAGGUAUAAACUGGGGAGAUAGCUACUGGAGACUUGUUCUAGAAGGAAUCCGAGGUGCAGGCUUCACCGGAGACACCGCUGUUGAUGAUAUCUUCUACACUGGAUGUUAUCCACAGACAGUUUGUAACACGACCCUGGGAGAGAAACAGUGCGGAGGACCCGAGUGUUAUGCUGUUGAGAAUGAGUGUGACUUUAACCCGGACUGUAGUGAUGGGCUUGAUGAGACCCACUGUGGCGCGUGCGACUUUGAGGAUCACAAACUGUGCGGCUACAUUCACGACCUUACAUCCCCGAUGACGUGGCUACGAGGAGCCGGCAGAACAGCUUCAGUAAACACUGGGCCAGCAAAUGAUCACACGUUUGGUAAUAUAAAGGGUCACUACAUGUACAUUGAGACUAGCUGGCAAAAGGAGAAUGACACUGCCAGAAUGCUGAGUAACGAGUACCGUCUGUCUGAUAACGCGUGUAAGAUGAACUUCUACUACCACAUGAGGGGAGACCACAUUGGAACACUCAAUAUUUACAUCAACUCUGACGCCCUACCCAUGCACCUGGUGUGGAACAAGACCGGCGAACAGAGCAACAAAUGGAAUAAGGGCACAGUCGACAUCGGAGGUCAUGCCAACUUCAGGAUCGUUAUUGAGGGAGUAAGGGGUAAUGGUUUCCAGGGUGACAUCGCUAUCGACGAUAUCAGUUUCGAGGAUUGCCAUCCAGGAACCACAUUGAACCCGGCAGCAUGUGACUUUGAGAAGGAUUACUGUGCUUACGAGGAUAUGACAGGUUACGAUGAGUUUGACUGGACGAGAUGGCAGGGAGAAACACCGUCCUGGAACACCGGACCUAGUGUGGAUCACACAACCGGAACAGCUGCAGGUUACUACGCGUACGUAGAAGGGUCCUACCCUAGACUACCAAACCACACAGCAGUGCUCCAGAGUCCCUGGGUCAAGACGGAGGGUGUCACGUGUCAGUACAACAUGUGGUACUUCAUGCACGGUAUGGAUGUUGGAAGUCUGGACAUAUCGGUCGAGUACGGUAACGGAACAAUCUCCUCCCUCUCCAAACUGGACGGAGAACAAGGCCAGGCAUGGAUGUUAUCCUCCUCUUCCUUCCCCUCCUCCACUGAUGGUGUCAGGUUCAGGGUUACCGGCCAGAGAGGUAUUAGCUUCACAAGUGAUAUUGCUAUUGAUGAUCUGAGUGUCGCUAACUGCGCUGUACAAAAGUAUUGCCCGGCUGAGAAGUUCUCCUGUCUGGACAAGCCCCACUGUGUCUCCAACGACAUGCUCUGUGAUCUCAACUCAGACUGUCCGGACAACUCGGACGAGAACAGACAUUGUGGAGCUUGUGAUUUCGAGCACAGUAGGUGUGGAUUCGUGGGUAGUUUUGGUUUGACCUCCUGGAAGAGAACUAGUGGGUCUACCUGGGCUGCUGGAACUGGACCUAGCUCUGAUCACACCAAGGGAACUCCUAAUGGUUACUACAUGCUAUUCUCUGCUUCAUACCUGAACCCUGGAACCAGUGCCUUCCUGAUGAGCACCCAAUACCCGCUAACUGCUACAGAGUGUAAACUUGUAUUCUACUACCACAUGGCUGGUAUUGACAUGGGCCGGCUUUAUGUUGAGGUCAGGUCUAAGCAGAGUAAGGAUAUGUUCGAGGAGGUAUGGUCUAUGGAGGGUCAUCAGAGCAGCAAGUGGCAACGUGGAGAGAUCGCACUAGCAUCCCUUGUUGACGUACAAGCUCGAUGGGUCGGAGUUCGAGGACCGGGAGUCAAGGGAGACAUUGCUAUAGAUGAUGUGAGCUACGAGAAUUGUGGAGUUAAAACUUGUGAUGUUCCUCCCGCAGUACAACCAUCUUGUGGUACCCCCGGUAUUGGACAGAUGGCAUGCGAGAAACUAGGCUGCUGUUACAGAGACAAGACCUGCUAUCAGAAACUAGGAGUAACAGACCCAACAAUAGUGGUAUCACCCACCCCUUACGUAGGAGAUGAGAGUGAUAUUGUUACCCUGAUGUGUAAAGCCACAAGUAACCCCAACCCCCGGUACUCCUGGUCCCGGGCCUCUGGGGACCCUCUACACCCUGGCAGGGCUACUGUUAUGGCUGAUGGAACUCUUGUUAUCAUCGACUCUUCCUUCUACGACUCAGACACCUACACCUGCUCUGUAACGAACGGUUUGACGACAGUGAACGCUAGUGCUAAGAUAGAAAUCCACGCUGGUGGAGCCAACUUCGAUCUGAACAUGUGCAAAUGGCACAAUGUCCACAAGGGAGACAAAUGGGACUGGGCUCGUAACCAUGGAUACGCACCUAAUUACUGGCAAGGUACAGGACCAGACAAGGACCACACCUCCGGUUUCGGUUCCUACCUGCUCUUCAACACCCACGCUACCCCCAUCAAACAAGGAGACACUGCUAAAAUCCACUCAACUUGGCUGACUAAGGGAGCAACUAUAAGGGCAGCUGCUGGAAGUUGUACACUGAGUUUCUGGCACUACAUGAAGGGAACUACAGUAGGCUCUCUGACCACCAGUAUUAUCGGAACGGACGGCACAGCUCAGGAGCUGAACAAGCUUUCAGGACAACAAGCACCUGGAUGGACGUUCCAGAGUGUCCCAAUACCCAGCAACAUGAACAGCUUCAAGAUAGAACUAACAGCAACUGCUGGUGGAAACGUGGGAGACAUCGCCAUUGAUGAUCUCAAGUUCAGUGGAUGUGAUCUUUCAUACUCAUGUCAUACUACUGACCACUUCGCUUGUGAGACAGCUGAAAGCAGCAAGCCCAAGUGUAUUGACAUCGGACAGAAAUGUGACUUCACCUCGGACUGUGCUGAUGGUUCAGACGAGGAAGACUGUGCUGACUGUGACUUUGAACAGAGCGAGUGUGGCUACGUUCACGUUCCCAACGUCUGGUUCAACUGGACACGUAACGCAGGGCCCACCUCCAGUAUUGGCACCGGGCCAGUGAGGGAUCACACUCUGAACACUACAGAAGGUCACUACAUGUUCACCGAGGCUAGUUACCCUCAGUGGCAAGGAGAUCAGGCUAUCUUCUCCUCGCCCCUGUUCCCACUCACUGGAAGUAUCUGUAACCUGGAGUUCUGGUAUCACAUGGAGGGACCUCAUGUUGGACAGCUAUCAGUCUACGUGAACCACAGCUACGGAGACGAGCAAGUCUUCAAGAUGCAGGGUCCUCAGAGUAACAUCUGGAACCAAGCCAGCAUCCCUAUUGGAUCUCACAGAAACGUUAACAUCUCCUUUAUCGGAACCAUCGGUGUAUCAUUCCAAGGUGACAUGGCUAUUGACGACGUGAAACUGACGAACUGCAAACCAACUGGAACCUGUACUGACGAGGAGUUUAUCUGCUCCUCUGGAAACACCUCCUGUACUGACGCCAGGAAAGUGUGUGACUUUGUAAGUGAUUGUGCUGAUAACAGCGACGAAGCCAACUGUAAGGGUCUCUGUACCUUUGAGGUGGACUACUGUGGUUGGCAGAAUGGCACGAAUAAGCUUCAAUUGGCACGAAUCCAGAGUUCAAGAUACGGGCAUCCUAACUACGAUCACACUACCAAGAUGAGUGGAGGAUGGUUUAUAGCCCUGGACGCUGCUACAAGUACUGGUGCUGCUGGAGACAAAGCUACUUUACUAUACCCUAAGAUCGGUCAAGCCACCAAAGGAAAAUGCUACUUCUCUCUAUGGUAUCACAUUGAAGGAGCAGACGUUGGCACCAUUAAUCUAUAUGCUAACGACGGAUCCGCAGAUAAGAAGGUCUGGACAAUGAGUGCUGACUCCGGGGCUGGCUGGUAUGAAGGUGGUUUCUUCAUCGGCAAAGUCAGUUCCAUAGCUGUAACCAUAGAGGUUGUCAAGGGUAAGGGUAACGCAGGCGACAUUGCUAUUGAUGAUGUAGGUUUCCACCGCUGUUUCGACGGAGCUGAAGAAUGUAUGGCGGAUGAGUUCCAAUGUGCAUCAGGCCAGUGUAUCCCAAUAGACAAGGUAUGUGACUUAGUACAGGACUGUUUCGAUAACUCAGAUGAGAGCUCCUGUACUGGAAACUGCAACUUUGAGAAGGAUACGUGCGGUUGGGAACUUGACGCUGCAUACGAUGACUUCAACUGGGAGAUCGCUCAAGGAGGAACUGGUUCCUACGGUACCGGCCCUGACAACGAUCACACACUAGGAACUCCAGCUGGACACUACGUGUUUGUGGAGGGAUCCUACCCGCGAGUACAAGGAGACGCUGCCUGGAUGAGAAGUCCUUGGUUUAUCAAUCCUACCAACAACUGUCAGUUCAGCUUCUGGGUCCACAUGAUGGGCGCUAAUAUCGGAGAGUUGAACAUCUACGUCAUCACUACAUCCUCUAAAGACCUAGUCUGGACCCUAGCUAAAGAACAAGACGUGGUGUGGGUGCAGCAAACUGUAAAACUACCCCGACUUGACGCUUUCAGGCUCCUCAUGGAGGGAGUCAUCGGAAACGGCUACGAAUCUGACAUCUCAAUAGAUGACAUAUCCUUCAGAGAAUGUGGAAUCAGACCACUGUGUAACAGUGAUCAGUUUGCUUGUGCUAACGGUUUACAGUGUAUUGAUAAGGGUCUGGUAUGUGACUUUGGAUUCGACUGCGAGGACCGAUCUGAUGAAGCAAAGUGUGGUAACUGUAACUUUGAAGACGGCAUGUGUGGUUACAAGAACAUCAACGGAGAUAUCCAGUGGUACAGAGAGAAGAACGGACUACACAGUGACAGUAUUGACUGUCAGGUAGAUGACGGGAGAUACUACAGAGGCACUGAAAACAAGACAGCUAGUGGUAAGACAUGUCAGAAGUGGACUAGUCAGUAUCCUCACCGUCAUGACAGGACUCCUGAAAACUACCCCUACUCUGGACUCGGAGAUCACAACUACUGCAGGAACCCUGAUGGCGAACCCGGAGUCUGGUGUUACACCACAGAUCCUCAGAAGAGAUGGGAGCUGUGCGAUGUGAAGCAAUGUGAUUACUAUCUCACUACUGAGUGGCACGAGAACAAAGGAGACCAGGCUAUAGUUGUGUCUCCUAAACUGGGCACCUCUGGAAAGAACUGUUACCUGACUUACGAUAUUCAGCUGGAUGGUCCCAAUAUGACUGUGGAACUCUUUGUUAACAGCUCCGGAACUGCUAAAUCUAUUUCAAGAAUAGGUUCUGGAGACAACACCGGUUCGUUCUGGAACUCAAGUAGUGCAGUAGUUGGAGCAGCUCAAGACUUCCAAGUAACCUUCGUUGCAACCAUGAACCUGGACAGAUGGGCUCACUAUCACCUGGCUAUAGAUAACAUCCAAUUCGCACCUGAUUGUGCUGCAGUGGCCUCUAUCACCAAGUCACCUGUAGACAUGGCAACUCCUGCUGGAGCUAAGGCUGUGUUCAUGUGCGGAACUAAGGGAGACCCCAUGCCAACCGUCACCUGGCAUCACCUUGGUGACGCGCUGGGUACGGGUAACUUCACUGGUGACGGUGGUAGGAUAUGGGUUGAUAAGGAUAACAGUCUGACCUUCAACUCGACUGUUGUUGCUGAUGCUGGAAAAUACACGUGUAAUGCUACCAAUACUCUCGGAUCUAAGACCGCAUCUGCUCAGCUCGUCGUAUUAACGAAAUGUGACUUUGAGAGAGACCAGUGUGGCUGGACCAACGUUGCUAACACGGCUGAUGACUUCGACUGGGAGAGAGCUCAAGCUGAGACCUUGUCUUACGGAACAGGACCUAUUGUGGAUCAUACCUUAGGAUCAUCUGACGGCUGGUACAUGUUUAUCGAAGCGUCCUACCCUCGACUACCAAACGACAAGGCUAUCCUCACCCUGCCCCAUAUCUACAAGACAGGACCGAGAUGUGAGCUGAGAUUCUGGUAUCACAUGAUGGGAUCAGGUAUCGGAACCCUCAAAGCAACAGCUAAAGACCACAGCGGAACAGUGAUUGCCUCGUGGAGGAAGGAUGGUGAGCAGAGUGCUCAGUGGUUACAGGGAGGUCUCUACAUGCCACAUGCUGAUGAUGUCACUAUCACGUUUGAAGCUGUGAGAGGAAUGAACUAUGAAGGAGAUAUUGCCCUGGAUGAUCUGGAGUUUGUUAACUGUGAUAUGGAUUUGAGUCCUGUUUGCGGAGGAACAGAGUUUAUCUGUGAAUCAGGACAGUGUAUCCCACUGAAGGCAGCUUGUGACUCAACGCCUGACUGUUUCGACCACAGUGACGAGGACCCAGCUAACUGCCCUGGUAACUGUGACUUUGAGAGGAGCAACUGUAACUGGAGGGACCAACUCCAGAACACUCAGAUGAACUGGACCAGACAUCAGGGAUACUCUCCUAGUUGGUUCACUGGACCUGAUGCUGAUCACACAACUGGAACACAAACUGGAACCUACAUCUACAUCGAAACAUCAGACCCCCAACAGCCGGGAGACAAGGCAGCUAUCCUCUCACCCAGGAUUCAGAAGACCUCUAGUAGAUGUUUCAUGUCCUUCUGGUACCACAUGACUGGAUCUCACAUCGGCUCUCUAGAGUUGUACCAAGUGAACAGAUACGGUAUCAGAGAGAAGGUUUGGGAGAAAGGAGGUAGAGAUAUGGGACCAGACUGGCUCCAAGAUGGAGUCUAUGUUGGUAUGAACCAGUUUGUGAGGUACGAGUUUAUUGGAACUAAGGGAGAUGGUUUCCAGGGUGACAUUGCUAUUGACGAUCUCAACUUCGGCCAGUGUAGUCCAUAUCUGGAUGACUGUGAUCCAGUGAACGAGUUCAAAUGUUACAACGGACAAUGUAUCUCCGGAGACAAACUAUGUGAUCUCAAGAGCGACUGUUUCGACGGAUCUGACGAGCGAUUCUGUGACGCGAACUGUAACUUCGAAGAAGGAAUGUGCGGAUGGCACAACCUGAUCUCGGACAUGUUCGACUGGACCAGGUUCAAAGGAGAAACAGCAAGUUACGGCACCGGACCCAGAGUAGAUCACACUACCCUUACUGAGGAGGGGUACUACAUGUAUAUUGAGACAAGUCUACCUAGGAAACACGGCGACUCUGCUAUUAUUCAGUCUCACUGGCUUAGUCUUACUGGAACCAACUGUGUUCUCUCUAUCUUCUAUCAUAUGGAGGGUCUGAAUCUUGGGGCACUGGCAUUAGAAGUUGAGGACAGCUCCACAGGAAAGGCUACCCUCGGUAACCUGACAGCUCAAGCUGAUGGCUGGCAACACGGCAGAUGGCCUCUCAAGCAGAGCAAGGAGUUCAGGAUCAGUAUUACUGGUUAUGCUGGAGCUAGUUACGAUGGAGAUAUUGCUAUUGAUGAUGUGUCUAUUGUCGGAUGCAAAGUGAUGAGUUCUUGCGGACAGAGUCAGUUCACCUGUAAUAACAAACAGUGUGUAUCAAUGGCUAGCGAGUGUAACUUCAAGAAGGACUGUUCGGACGGCUCAGACGAGGAUAGUUGUCCUCUAACAUGUGACUUUGAGAAGAACAACACGUGCGGCUGGAUAAACGACCCUCAGGCUGACUGGACCUGGGAUCUUCACCAGGGUCCUACCUCCUCCCUCCACACCGGUCCUGACACUGAUAACACUAAGAAAACAGCACAGGGAGUUUACCUGUAUGUGGAAGCUUCCUUCGCUUACAAGGGACAAGAAGCUCGGCUAGUCAGUGCUCCUUACACAAGAUCUGCAGACUCCUGUAAACUCAACCUGUACGCGUACAUGUACGGUGGUCAUAUAGGUUCCCUGUUAGUGCACGUGUACCCCAAGGGACAAGACAAGAUACAGGUGUUCAAUGAAACUGGAGAUCACGGUCAGGGCUGGAAACUAUUCUCUGUAGCAAUCGGAGCUCACGCUGACUUCCAAGUCUCCGUAAUUGCAGUUAUGGGUGAAAGUUACGAGGGAGAUAUUGCUAUUGAUGACCUGGCCUUUACUGACUGUGAACUGACUGGCGGAGCCACUAUCGUUACUCCACCUCAAGACACUAACGGUUUAGUUGGAGAUGAGAUCAAACUGACUUGUGAUGCUAGUGGGGAUCCUUUCCCAACCAUUACCUGGACUGAUGCCAAGAACGCGACUAUCCAAGAUACAGGCAGGAUCAAGCAGACGGGAGAUCACGGCAGUAUUCUGGAUAUCACUGAGGCACGGCUAACUGACAACGGACUUUACACCUGCACUGCUUCCAACGGCAAGAGUACAGCUACUGCUUCUGCUCAUGUCAUUGUUCAAGAUCAACCACAGAAGUGCCCAUCCGGACGAAAGAGUGACUCAGGUUUCACUCCCUGUACGAACUGUGCUAUUGGUAAAUAUCAGCCAGAGACCGGUAAAACCUCGUGUAUGGUCUGUCCGUCAGGACAGACUACAGACUCUGAGGGCAGUACUAGUCUCUCUCAGUGUCACGAUGCUAACCAGCCCUGUGCUGUCGGAACCUUCUCUCAGUCGGGUCUACAGCCUUGUGAACCUUGUAAUACUGGAAACUUCCAAGAUGGUACUGGACAGAAAAAUUGUAAACAGUGCAAGCAGAACACCUACCAGGACGUGACUGGAAGUAAGAGUUGUACAGCAUGUCCACAAGGACAGACCACUAAUGGAAACACAGGCUCCAAGUCUAAGAACGACUGUAAGGGAAUGUGUGCUCCAGGUCAGUUCUCCACUACCGGCUCUUCUCCGGGCUGUAUGGAGUGUGCUAAGGGAACCUACCAGCCUCAACCUGGCCAGACAUCUUGUGUGCAGUGUCCCGGCGGAAACACUACUGAUCAUACCGGCUCUAUCUCUAAAGACUCCUGCAAAUUGUACGCCAAAUGUCCACCUGGCAAGUUUAAUGGAGCUAACGGUUACACUCCCUGUACAUUGUGCGCUAUCGGCUACUUCAGCAGUGAUCCUGGUGCUACAUCUUGUCAAAAGUGUAGCAGUGGGUACAGCACCAAGACAACAGGAAGCAAAUCCGAAAAGGACUGCACAGAGCCCCCAGUAACAGAAGGCCCGACAGACCCUACUGGACCCUGCAUGCCAGGAUCCGCCAGUACCACCGGCAAGGCCCCCUGUGACCCCUGUCCACUGAACCAGUACGCUAAGGGGUACGGUAACACAGCCUGUACUAAGUGUCCUGAUGGUCAGGUGACUGACAGUGUGGGAAGUGAGGAACCUGGGGACUGUCAUAGUCAGGAGAAACAGACUGGACUCUCUACUGGCACUCUUAGUGUUAUAGGAGUGAUAAUAGGGGUAGUAGUUCUGGUGUCCGUGGUUGUAGGCUUGUUGUUUGUGAGACACAUGAAGAUGAACGCUGGCAGCACCAACAGACUGGUUCUGAACGACCAAGUCACUGCCGGCACUUCAUCUGGUUAUGGAACAGGAGCUGACCCUCCCCGAGGUUUCAUGAACCCUAUGUACGACGACCCCAACGAACGAUCGGAUAACAAGGCUAUCGAAUUAUCGGAAACAACCCUCGGAGUACUGAACCCAGCGUUCUCGUCUCCCGGCGACGUGUGAUGACGUCACAACACAUCACAUCUGUGUGUGACGUCACUCUGUGACGUCACCAACCUUCGACCCGCUGUACAAUGACGUCAUAAAAGGACAAUAACUCGUGACCACAAUACCCUGUGACCGUGUAGUGCAUUUAUUACGUCAUUGUUAUUUAGGUUUAGUUGAUAGUUUAUUCUAAUAAGAAUAGCAUUCAUAAUAAACUUUGUAAGUUGUAUUUUAGAUCCGAGUAUAUUGUUUAAAGACUGCAAUGUUAUCGAGUUAACCGUCUUCUCUUCUUAUCUCGAAUAAGUUUAUUCUUUCGCGUAUUGGGAAGGAAACUUGAACUCGUGACUGUCUCAGAUCUGUAAGUUGCGGCGCAUUCGAGUGAAAUUCGCAACUUUGCUCGGUUGUGUGCAGAAGGGGGUGGUUUGGACUUCAUGUUCCCUUGGCAAUAAAGACGAUUUAAAAAUAUUUGGUAUAUUUUAAGUUUUUUGUAUAUUUUAUUUUGUUUCAGCUUUUAUUUAUACUGGGACCUGCAGGAUUGUAUUUUCACGUUUACACUUUACACUGACUUAUUAUAUGUUACGUUUUUUGUUUUGUAUUGUGAGACUCUUAAUUUGUACGAAGUUCGUUGCCAACCUUGAUUUUGUAUUAUCUCUGUUUGUCAAUUUUGUUUAGCACUUCUGUAAGAA